GCGCCCCCCGCAACCCCGGGCGCCGCACGUCCAGCCCGGCCUGCGGCCCGAGCCUUUGCGCCGCUCGCCCGACCCGCGAUCGUCCACCGGACGGUGUCGCCUGGCUGCCCGGCCUGCCCGCGCGCGCGCUUCGGUCUGGGCCCUCCUCCGGGCCGUCCGACCCCACUGGCCGGGCCAUGCCGAGUCGCCGCGUCGCCAGACCGCCCGCUGCGUCGGAGCUGGGGGCCUUGGGGUCCGCUGACCUCUCCUCGCUCUCGCUCGCAGUUUCCAGGACCACGGAUGAACUGGAGAUCAUCGACGAGUACAUCAAGGAGAACGGCUUCGGCCUGGAGGGGGCGCAGCCGGGCCCGGGCGAGGGGUUCCCGCGCCUCGUGUCCCGCGGGGCGGCCUCCCUGAACACCGUCACCCUGGGCCCCGCGGCGCCCCCGCCCCCGGCCACGCCGCCGCCCUGGGGCUGCUCGCUGGGCCGGCUCGUGCCCUCCGCCCCGGGCCCGGGCCCGCGGCCGCACCUCGUCAUCACCGAACAGCCCAAGCAGCGCGGCAUGCGCUUCCGCUACGAGUGCGAGGGCCGCUCCGCCGGCAGCAUCCUCGGGGAGAGCAGCACCGAGGCCAGCAAGACGCUGCCCGCCAUCGAGCUCCGGGAUUGUGGAGGGCUGCGGGAGGUGGAGGUGACCGCGUGCCUGGUGUGGAAGGACUGGCCUCACCGAGUCCACCCCCACAGCCUCGUGGGGAAGGACUGCACCGACGGCGUCUGCAGGGUGCGGCUCCGGCCCCACGUCAGCCCCCGGCACAGGUACCCACCCCCUGCCCCACCCCUCACCCUUGGGUCUGCACCCGCCAACCCUCAGCCUUCCCAUGUCUCCCCCACAGCUGGGUCCCUGAAGAACCAUCAGGAGGUGGACAUGAACGUCGUGAGGAUCUGCUUCCAGGCCUCGUACCGGGACCAGCAGGGACAGAUGUGCCGGAUGGACCCUGUGCUCUCCGAGCCCGUCUAUGACAAAAAGUCCACAAACACGUCAGAGCUGCGGAUUUGCCGAAUCAAUAAGGAGAGUGGGCCGUGCACGGGCGGCGAGGAGCUCUACUUGCUGUGUGACAAGGUGCAGAAAGAGGACAUAUCGGUGGUGUUCAGCACGCCCUCCUGGGAAGGCCGGGCUGACUUCUCCCAAGCGGACGUGCACCGCCAGAUUGCCAUUGUGUUCAAGACGCCACCCUACGAGGACCUGGAGAUUGUCGAGCCUGUGACAGUCAACGUCUUCCUGCAGCGGCUCACCGAUGGGGUCUGCAGCGAGCCGCUGCCCUUCACGUACCUGCCUCGGGACCAUGACAGCUACGGCGUGGACAAGAAGCGGAAACGGGGGAUGCCCGAUGUUCUUGGGGAGCUGAACAGCUCUGACCCCCAUGGCAUCGAGAGCAAACGGCGGAAGAAAAAGCCGACCUUCCUGGACCACUUCCUGCCCAGCCAUGGCUCAGGCCCAUACCUCCCGCCCUCAGCCCUGCUGCCGGACACAGACUUCUUCCCCGGUACCGUGUCACUGCCUGGCCUGGAGCCCCCCGGCGGGCCUGACCUCCUGGACGACGGCUUUGCCUACGACCCCACGGCCCCCACGCUCUUCACCAUGCUGGACCUGCUGCCCCCGGCGCCGCCACUUGCCAGCGCUGUUGCAGGCAGCGGGGGUGCAGAGGCCGCGGUCGGGGAGCCCCCUUGCCCUGAGCCGCUGACGCUGGACUCGUACCGGGCCCCGGGCCCCGGGGACGGAGGCACCGCCAGCCUCGUGGGCAGCAACAUGUUCCCCAACCAGUACCGCGAGGCUGCCUUUGGGGGCGGCCUCCUGUCCCCGGGACCUGAAGCCACGUAGCCCCGCGGCGCCGGAGGAGAGGCGCUGGGUGGGGAGGGCGAUGAUGGGGCUGUGUGAACCCAACCAGGAUGUCCAGCACCCCCAUCCCCUUGGGCCGCCCUUUGGUUAGUCUUCCGACCUCCUCGUGCUUCUCAAUCGGACAUCUUCAGCGCUGGCGAGAAGCUCCGUAGCAGGGGUUUCUCCUUGAGCCCAUAUUACCAAUGAGAAAACUGAGUCCGGAGAGGAAAAGGGGCGUGGCUCCCGUGCGCUCGCUUGUUCAAAGCUGCCUCAGCCCCGACUUGGGGGGCACCUUCUCCAGCCGGAUUCUGAAAGAUUGUACAUAUGGGAGGAGGGGGCAGAUCCCCGGCCUUCCUUUCCCAGACUUGAAGAUGGGGGGGUGGGUGGUUUGUUCAGACUCUUCCCAAUAAAGACGAGUUUUUCAGCC